AUGUCGAAUGCUUCCGCCAAGAAGAAGAGAAAACUCGAGGAAACCGUAGAUACGCCACCGACUAGGGUUGAUGACAAAACCCUAGUUCUUAUUUCUGAUUCGAAAAAACCCAAAUCAGAUAGGGUUACCAAACUGAAGAGCAAAAUUGGGUUGCUGAAGAAGAAGCCAACUGAAAGUGGCAGGAUUGUCAUCACUCAUAUUCUGUGUAACAUGUUGAGAACCGUUAUCGCCACUACUCCUGAUGAUUUGCUACCUACUGUUUAUCUUGCUGCAAAUGAGAUUGCCCCUGCUCAUGAAGGUAUUAAAUUGGGAAUGGGUAAGGGUUCCUACAUUAUUAAGGCAAUCUCUGAAGCUUUUGGUAGAACUGAGUCCCACGUUGAGCAGCAAUAUACGCAACUGGGAGACUUGGGGCUUGUAGCAAAUGGGAGCCGUUCCUCUCAGACUAUGAUUUUCAUGCCCAAACCAUUAACUGUUGUCAAGGUUGCUGAUACACUUCGCCUAAUUGCUAAGGAAUCUGGAAAAGGUAGUAAGGAUAAGAAGAAGGAUCUAAUGAAGGCACUUCUUGUGGCAACUACAGAUUGUGAACCUCUUUACUUAACUCGUUUACUUCAGGAUAAUUUGCGGUUAGGGUUCUCACGUCAAACUGUUUUAGCUGCCUUGGGACAGGCUGCUGUAUAUAACGAAGAGCAUUCUAAGCCGCCCCCAAAUAUCAAGAAUCCUUUAGAUGAGGCUGCAACGAUUGUUAAAGAAGUAUUCUCAAUGCUUCCUGUCUAUGACAUUAUUGUUGGUGCUCUUCUAACUAGUGGUGUAUGGAAUCUUCCUAAAACUUGUAACCUCACACUCGGUGUUCCAGUUAGGCCCAUGCUUGCAAAAGCAACUACAAGAGUAGAUCUCAUACUUGAGAAAUUCAAGGACACUGUUUUCACAGCUGAAUACAAAUAUGAUGGUGAACGUGCACAGAUAUAUUAUAUGGAGGAUGGUACAGUCGAGAUAUUCAGUAGACAUGCUGAAAGAAACACUGGCAAGUACCCUGAUGUUGCUCUUGUGUUAUCAAGGUUAAAGAAGCCCACUGUGAAAUCUUUUAUUCUGGAUUGCGAGGUUGUCACCUUCAACAGAGAAAAAGAGAAAAUUCUUCCACUCCAGAGUACACGAGCCCAUAAAAAUGUGAAUGUCAGUGAUAUCAAGGUUGGCGUAUGCGUCUUUGCUUUUGAUAUAUUAUACCUAAAUGGCCAACUACUUAUCCAUGAGAAUCUGAACAUUCGCCGAGAGAAGCUACACGAUUCAUUUGAGGAAGAUCUUGGGUAUUUCCAGUUUGCAACUGCUCUAACAUCCAACGAUAUUGGUGAAUUACAAGAGUUUCUUAAAGCUUCUAUUGACAUAGGAUGUGAAGGUUUAAUGAUAAAGUCAUUGUACUCAAAUGCAACCUAUGAGCCUGCAAAGAGAUCAAAUAAUUGGCUAAAACUGAAGAAGGACUAUAUGGACAACAUUGGAGAUUCCGUGGAUCUUGUACCAAUAGCUACGUUCCAUGGACGUGGGAAACGCACAGGUUUCUUUGGUGCAUAUUUACUAGCGUGCUACGAUGUUGAUAAGGAAGAAUUCCAGAGCAUUUGUAAAAUUGGUACUGAAUUUUCUGAUGUGGAGCUUCAAGAUUUGUCUUCCAGUCUUUGCUCUAAAGUGAUUGCUACUCCGAAACAAUACUACCAAGUCGAUAACGAUCUCAAUCCAGAUGUCUGGUUGGAGCCCACCGAGGUGUGGGAAGUGAAAGCAGCUGACUUGACAGUUAGCCCUGUAUAUCGUGAAGCUAUUGGAAUUGUGGACCCUGACAAGGGAAUUUCUCUACGAUUUCCUCGUCUAGUCCGUAUACGGAAAGACAAGAAUCCAGAGGAAGCAACAACAUCUGACCAGAUUGCUGAAAUGUAUCAAGCUCAGAAACACAAUCAACCAAGCAAUCAAGGCAAAGUGGACGACGAUUGAACAACGACUGUAAUUUGUUGUCGGAGCAUCUUUCCAGACAAAAUUUCUUUUUCAUUACCAGUAUGCACC